UAAAACUUAAACGUCAACUGUUUUCUAUAGCGAUUAGCGGGAACGUGCCUUGAUCCGUCAUAUAUACAGCGAAAGUAUUGUUUAUUUGCAGUGCCCUGUAAAACAACAUAAUAAAAGUAAGCGAAAUAAAGCAAAGUAUUUAGAUUUACCCUAUGAGCAAGUCUAAAGUUUCAGCAGAAUGGAAAAAAAGAGUAAAAUCAGAAUAUAUGCGGCUUCGGCAAGCAAAGAGAUUCAAGCGGGCUGAUGAGGUAAAGGUGGCAUGGGCUCGGAACUUGAGGCUCAUGUCGGAGUCUGUUGAAAUGCGUGAUAGUGAAUGUUUGGAGCGUGGAAGAAGACCUUUUUGGCCUCCACCAGCACCAACACCCAGCCACGAGAGCCUCAUGAAACGUGCUGAAGUUUCUUGUACAGAUGCAUCUGGAGUAGUAACAACUCAGCAAGUACCAAUUCGAAUCAUUAACUCUGUGAAUCCCAUCCCUACUAUGUACACCUGGGCUCCGACACAGAAAAACUUCAUGGUGGAGGAUGAAACGGUGCUGCACAACAUUCCCUACAUGGGAGACGAAGUUCUGGACCAGGAUGGUACAUUCAUCGAGGAGCUCAUAAAGAACUACGAUGGGAAAGUGCAUGGUGAUAAAGAAGGUGGUUUUAUUGAUGACCAGCUGUUUGUGGACCUGGUGCAUGCGUUGGUGUCAUUCCAGACAGGAGAUGAGGUCGCUGAGGAGAGGAAGGAGAGGGAGCUGAGGAGAUCUAAAGAAGACAAGGAGAAAGAAACAUCAGCCGAAGUGAAAGACAAAGAAGAACCCAAGGAGGGAGACAAGUCUCUGGUGUACAAUGAGAAACAGUUCCCAAUCUUCACAAUAUUCCAGGCCAUCAGCUCACAGUUCCCCGACAAGGGCACGGCGCAGGAACUCAGAGAAAAGUACGUGGAGCUGACGUCUCGCGCGGACCCGCUGGCGCUGCCGCCGUCCUGCACGCCCAACAUAGACGGACCUCAUGCGGAGUGCGUGUCCCGGGACCAGACCAUGCACUCCUUCCACACAUUGUUCUGUCGACGGUGCUUCAAGUACGACUGCUUCCUGCACCGCCUGCAGGCGUGUCACCCGCGACCCAACCUGUCCAAGCGGAAGGGUCCGGAUCUCAAACCCUUCUCGGAGCCGUGCGGCUCCAGCUGCUAUAUGUUACUGGAGGGAAUGAAGGAGAAAUUAGCUCGCGAGCAAGCGGCGGCCGGCGGGGAGGGGAGGGACGGACGCGAAGGGAGGGAGGGGAGGGACAGGGCGCUGGACUCACCCAACGACGCCUCCUCGGAGGACAGCAAUGACAGCAACAGGUAUCAGAAAGGCAGCAACAGCAACUCCAGCAACAGCAACUGGAGCGCUCUCUGCAGCAAGCAGCCUCAGGAGCACACGGACGCCCCCUACAACGUACUGGGUUUGACAGUAGGCGACAUAGAGUCGGAGUGGACGGGGUCGGAUCAGUCCCUGUUCCGCGCCCUCCACAAGGUGUUCCCCUCCAACUACUGCGCCAUCGCCCAGCUCAUGCUCUCCAAGACUUGUCAGCAGGUCUACACGUACUGGAUCCGCACCGGACAAGAGCAGUGCCGCGUGGAGGCCGAGCUGACGCCGCCCAGGAAGAAGAAGAAGAAGCAUCGCCUGUGGUCCGUGCACUGCCGCAAGAUACAGCUCAAGAAGGACUCCGCCUCGCAUCACGUCUACAACUACACUCCGUGCGAUCAUCCCAACCAGCCGUGCGACAGUCUGUGUCCGUGUCUCCAGUCGCAGAACUUCUGCGAGAAAUUCUGUCAAUGUAGCAGCGACUGUCAGAACCGCUUCCCCGGUUGCCGCUGCAAGGCCCAGUGUAACACCAAGCAGUGUCCGUGCUACCUCGGCGUGCGGGAGUGCGACCCCGACCUGUGCACCGCCUGCGGCGCCGACGCCCCCUCGCCCGCCGCCCCCCGAGCGCCCCUCUACUGCAGGAACGUGUCCGUCCAGCGAGGUCUCCACAAGCACCUGCUGCUGGCUCCGUCCGACGUGGCGGGCUGGGGCAUCUUCUUGAAGGAAGCCGCCCACAAGAACGAGUUCAUCUCCGAGUACUGCGGCGAGGUGAUCUCGCAGGACGAGGCGGACCGCCGCGGGAAGGUCUACGACAAAUACAUGUGCUCCUUCCUCUUCAACCUCAACAACGACUUCGUAGUUGACGCGACUCGUAAGGGCAAUAAGAUCCGGUUCGCGAACCACUCGAUAAACCCGAACUGCUACGCUAAGGUCAUGAUGGUGAACGGAGACCAUCGCAUCGGCAUCUUCGCCAAGCGAGCCAUCCAGCCCGGAGAGGAACUGUUCUUUGACUACAGAUACGGGCCGACUGAACAACUGAAGUUUGUGGGAAUCGAAAGGGAAAUGGAGUUCUUAUGAGAACAAACAAAACAUAGCUCCGACCAGUCCUAGUGUUGUAACGACGACAAACAAGGGACUCUCGUUGGAGACUUGUCAUUGGUCUCGGACUAUUGAAACAUUGUUUAAUAAUGAGCUUGCUGUAUGUUAUGUAUCCAUAACGUACAGCUGUUUGUGGACUCAUCGAUUCAAAUCUUGUGAUUUGACUUGUUUGUGAUGUAUGUACAAAAUCCAUCUUUGACUGUGUCAUCUCCGCCAUACUCCUGUACAUCCUUGACAAAUAAGUUAUCAGUUGUCUCUUUUGUUAGGAAAGUAACCAAAUAUGGAAUACCAUCUUGUUUUAGGACAUAAAAAAAAACAGGAAUUAAAUCAGUUUAAUGUUAUUACUAAUAAGUCAUACAUUUACAUGUAGCACUUAUCUCCUUCGGUCACACUUUUACAAUAGCAACAUAAUUAUCAAUUUCUGUCUGUUCAAGCAACGUUUACAACCAAAAUAUCACAGAAAAUAGAAGAAAAUAUUAUAGGUUUUAAGGCUUUCAAGGGAUGAGGUGGUCACUACCGCUAACCACCAUGACUACUGCUAUAGAUAAAACUAGGAUGAUUGUGAAAGUCAUUUAUUACACGAAUCAUCGUUACAGAAGUACAAAAGUAAUAAAAAAAAUAUUUUUUUUUAUGAAAAGCUGCAAAACAUGUUUUACCGUCUCGUAAGCAAAGAGGCUCUUCACAUGUACUACACUGCUAUACCAUCUAAAAAUUGAGACAAUAACCGGAUGCAGCCCACAUCAUCCAAACCUUGUGUCCACGUUUCGCGGGCUUUUAUUGGCAUGUAUUGUUUUAGGGAAUUUCUGCCUUUGAAUUUGUUCAUGCUUUCAUCCAUUGCAACUCUCUCAGAUGGCUGGUAAUUUUUUUGAAGAUUGUUUUUUUUUAUAUCCAAAUGCUCUUGCAAAAUAUGUACCAGUUUGUCUUUAUGACGAUUUAAAAAUAACUUUAACCACUUUUUUCCGAAGGAAUCCUGCAAAUUGUAAGGCUUUGCUAGCAUGGAUUAUACGCCAUACGGCGAAAAUCGCUUCUUGUUAAACCGUGAAACUUGCUCUUCAUCGUUAAUAUUUAUUCUACUAGCUGACGUUCAAGUUCUGAGCCCAAUAUAGUUUUUGUGCUAAUGUAGUAGCUGCUGCCGCUCCUGGAGACCGGUGAUCGUUUUGGCGUAGACGAAAUAAAGUUGUUCUAGGCACUUGAAAAUGCUGUGCCGCUUUCAAUUAACCCAUUUUCUUUCCGCAUACGAAUGUUAUAGCUUUUGCCAUUUUUUCUACAUCUUAGGUUUUUCAUUUUUUCGUUGAUUGUGAAUCCGACAUUCUAAAAACAAAUAUAACAUAUUUAAAAAAAAAAGCAGCAAGUACCUAGCAUGUGAAAUAUCUCAUUAUGGAAUAUUUCAUAAACAGACACCGACUAUUGUCCAUACUUGGAUUUUUAUACUUGUUCAAAUAAAUAAGUCUAAAUAUUUUUACAAGUCACGAUAUUUUAAUGACAGAAGAUCACAAAAUGCCGAAUAGCAUAACAUUUAUGUGUACAUACCUAAUAACUGGUAAUUCUUAUUUGCUACUUACCUUUAAAAUUUCCUGUGCGACAACUAAACAAAACACGCCAACCACUCGUGUAGAGUUCGCGCAACAGACACGAUGGUGCGAGUGCGACAGUAAAUAGACCGAAUGAAACAAAAAAUGGUCACACUUAUAUUCUUAGAGUAACCAAGGAAUUCCAUAUUUGGUUAGUUUCCUUUAUAAAUGUACUAUUGUUUUCCAAAUCAAAUGUCUUGUUGUAGUUAUUAGAAUGAUGUUUAGAAUGUGAAAAAAUUACAUAUGUAUGUAUAUGUAUAUCUGUAUGAAAAAUGAAUUUAAAAACAUGUUUUGUAUGGGAUUAAUGAAUCUUAGCUAUUGCUCUCAAUUAUUAAGUCUUUAUCAAUAAAAUGUAAAUUCAUAA